AUGACGAGAAAUCUUCCUGCAGGUGGUUGAAGGAUGGAGGCAAUUGGAUGUGAAGAUGGCACGUUGGCAUAUUAUCAACUCAUUUUCAAUACUGUGCAUGGAUUAUUCAAAGAAAGAUAUGCAUUCAGAGAAAAUAUGACUGAUAUAAUUAUACAGCAUCUUAUCACCGAACAGAAAGUCAGGAUAAAAUGUAGAGACCUAAUAAAAAAAAUUGCAAUUUACAAGCAUAGAUUAGCUGUUCAACUCCCUGAAAGAAUUAUCAUCUAUGAAUUAUUUUCGAAUGAUUCAAAUGAUAUGCACUAUAGAGCAAAAGAAAAAUUUAUGCAAAAGAUAGACUGCAGCCUCUUGGUUGUUUGCUCCGAGCACUUGGUUAUUUGUCAAGAUAAGAAAUUAUUGAGUAUGUCUUUUAAUGGGUCUAUAGAUAAAGAGUGGAAUUUUUCUAGUUUUAUAAGAUAUAUUAAAGUGACAGGAGGGCCACCUGGAAAUGAAGGACUUAUUUUAGGAUUGAAGAAUGGUCAAGUGUGGGAAGUACACUUAGAUAAUCUUCACCCCCUUAUGAAAGUUAAAAUUAAUAAUCCAGUUCGCUGUCUUGAUUUGAGCUCUUGCAGGGAAAAAUUAGCAGUCGUAGAUGAUUCAGGAUUAUGCCAAGUUUUCAAUAAUAUGAACAGAAGUCUUAUAUAUCAGGAGCCCAGUGUCAACAGUGUUGCAUUCAAUAGUCUAUAUGAGGAUAUGCUUGCUUUUAGUGGCAAUAAUUCCCUGGCCAUAAAAGUAUCUGAGAUCAUUCCAUUCAAACAAAAAUUACCAGGAUUUGUUGUUGGAUUAUCAGGAUCUAAGGCGUUUUGCCUCAAUGGACAAACAAUGACUACCAUACAGCUACCAUUAAGCGCACCUAUGUAUCAGUAUAUCGACAAGAAAAUGUAUAGAGAAGCUUAUCAUAUUGCUUGCUUGGGAGUGACUGACGGUGACUGGAAAGAACUUGCUCAUAUUGCAUUAGAAAAUUUAGAGCUUGAGGUAGCUAGAUGUGCAUUCAUCAAGCUGCACGAUUUUCCUUAUUUAGAGAUUAUUGAGGAAUUGAAGACGAAACAAAGGAGAGGAGAAACAAUUAGGGAAGCUUUGAUUGGGGACGUUUAUGCACAUCAAGGAAAACUCAAAGAAGCCGCUCGAAUGUAUAAAAAAGCUGGACAAGAACACAAAGCACUUGCAAUGUAUACCGAUUUAAGGAUGUUUGAUCAAGCACAAGAAUAUUUGGGGUCGAAUGACAACACUUCCCUUAUUCGUCAGAAAGCUGAUUGGGCUAAAAAUAUCAAUGAGCACAAAGCCGCAGCCGAGAUGUAUCUAUCUAUUGGGGAUACACAGUCGGCUAUCGAUAUAUAUGCAGAAAGCGGUUGGACCGAACAGCUUAUUGAACUUGCAAGAAAGUUGGACAAGGCCGAAAGAUCCCAGUUGAUAUCGAUAGCACAACAUUUGAAGAAUCUCAAACACUACACUACAGCAGCAGAAGUUUACACACGUCUAGGAGAUAUCCCCUCAGUUUUAUCUAUUCAUGUUGCUGCCAAAGAAUGGUCUGAAGCCUUCAAACUAGUAGAAACGCAGCCCAACUAUAAAGCUUUCGUUUAUGUACCAUAUGCUCACUGGCUAGCAGAAAACGAUGAAUUCGUGAAAGCUCAAAAAGCUUUUUACAAAGCUGGCAAACCAGACGAGGCAUUCAAAGUACUACAUAGGUUGACCGAAAACGCUGUGUCUGAGAGCAGGUUCAAUGAUGCGGGAUAUUAUUACUGGAUAUUAGCAAGGCAAUGCCUUGAUUUAGCUCAAAUCAGCUCUGAGAAUCAAAAAUCUUACCUCAGGAAGUUUCAUCAAAAUGAAAGGCUGGCUGAACUUUACUAUGCUUAUCAUUCUCUACACAGAUAUUUAGAAGAACCUUUCACCUCUUUCCUACCGGAAGCUUUAUUCAAUAUUGCAAGGUUUUUGAUGAGCGAAACAGUGAAAAGCAAACCAAAUGGUGUUUCACAAUUCUAUAUUCUCUACUGCCUUUCUAAGCAAGCACGAAAACUCGGAGCUAACAAACUAGCAAAGCAACUUUUGGAUAAGAUACAGAACUUCAAAAUUCCUCGAAGAUUUCAAGAACAAGUGGAAGUAGCUACUGUAUCAGUAAGGGGAAGACCAUUCAAUGAUCCUGAAGAAUUAUUACCUAUGUGCUACAGAUGCUCAACAUACAAUCCGUUAUCAGCCAUGAGCAAUUCUUGUACCAACUGUGGCCAAAAGUUCGUUUACUCCUUCGUAACAUUCGAGAUAUUACCUCUAGUGGAAUUCGUAUUAGAAGAUGGAAUCACUGAUAUGGAAGCUGUGAGGUUGAUUGAAACGCCACCAACAACUAGAAGGGAUGUGGAUAAAUUAACAAUUAAGGAUAGAUUUCAAACCCUCCAGUUUGAAGAUGAUGAUAAAGGGGACGAUGAAGAUCCUUUCAGUUCAAGAAUUGUGAAUUAUGAGAGAAAAAAUGGAGGUUUUAUACCUAUAGUGCUAGGUAGAAAGGAACUUCUCUCUAUGGAUAGUUCCAGUGUGUUGGUUUCAAAAUGGAACUCUCCUCUCAGAUAUAAAUUUUUUAGAAACCUAUUACCGGAUCUUCAAAUAACAAUGUGUUAUUCUUGCUUCAAGGCUUUCCACAUAGAUGAUUAUGAAUUACAAAUUUUACAAAAGGGCUAUUGUCCAUUUUGCAGAGCUGUACCAGAACACAUGAUCCCAAUUGAAUCUGAAAAUUUUUUAACGUAGUUUAGAGUGAAUAUUUAUAACUAUAUGAGCAAAUUAUUUUAUCCGUCCACUUUUAAUAUAUCAAUAUACACAUUGAAUAUGUA